CGCUAGUCUUUCGCGUUUCGAGUGCUGGGCCUUUUUGUCCACUACCGCGUGCGGUGUCAGUUUCCGUGCGGAAAGUGGUGGUCGUGAGAGAGGAAGAUGGCGGCUACUGUGGUAGCGCCGCCUGUUGCGGUGGCCUCCCGCGCCAGCAAGCGCAGCGGCAGCGGACCGGGAGGCGGCGGCGGUGGGGCAGCCAGAGGGGCGGAGGAGGAACCACCGCCGCCCCUACAAGCAGUUCUGGUGGCGGACAGCUUCGACCGCCGCUUCUUCCCCAUCUCCAAGGACCAGCCUCGGGUCCUCUUGCCCCUGGCCAAUGUGGCACUAAUUGACUACACUCUGGAAUUUCUGACUGCCACAGGUGUACAGGAAACCUUUGUCUUUUGUUGCUGGAAGGCUGCUCAAAUCAAGGACCAUUUGUUGAAAUCCAAGUGGUGCCGCCCUACAUCCCUCAAUGUAGUUCGAAUAAUUACAUCAGAGCUAUAUAGAUCACUGGGGGAUGUUCUCCGUGAUGUUGAUGCCAAGGCCUUGGUGCGCUCUGACUUCCUUCUGGUGUAUGGGGAUGUCAUCUCAAACAUCAAUAUUACCAGAGCCCUGGAAGAACACAGGUUGAGGCGGAAGCUAGAAAAAAAUGUAUCUGUGAUGACAAUGAUCUUCAAGGAGUCAUCCCCCAGCCACCCAGCUCGUUGCCCCGAGGACAACGUGGUAAUGGCUGUAGAUAGUGCCACAAACCGGGUUCUCCAUUUCCAGAAGACUCAAGGCCUCCGACGUUUUUCUUUUCCCCUGAGCUUAUUCCGGGGCAGUGGAGAUGGAGUGGAGAUUCGCUAUGAUUUACUGGAUUGUCAUAUCAGCAUCUGCUCUCCUCAGGUGGCUCAACUCUUCACAGACAACUUCGACUACCAAACCCGAGAUGACUUUGUGCGAGGCCUGUUAGUGAAUGAGGAGAUCUUAGGAAACCAGAUCCACAUGCACGUGACAACUAAGGAAUAUGGUGCCCGGGUCUCUAACCUACACAUGUAUGCUGCUGUCUGUGCUGAUGUCAUCCGCCGAUGGGUCUACCCUCUCACACCAGAGACGAACUUCACUGACAGUGCAGCCCAGAGCUGCACUCACUCUCGGCACAACAUCUACCGGGGGCCUGAGGUCAGCCUGGGCCAUGGCAGCAUCUUGGAGGAAAAUGUGCUCCUGGGCUCUGGCACUGUCAUUGGCAGCAAUUGCUCCAUCACCAACAGUGUCAUUGGCCCCGGCUGUCACAUUGGUGAUAAUGUGGUACUGGACCGGGCGUUCCUGUGGCAGGGCGUUCGUGUAGCUGCUGCAGCACAGAUCCAUCAGUCUCUGCUCUGUAACAAUGCUGAGGUCAAAGAAAAUGUUAUAUUGAAGCCACGCUGUGUCCUCACUUCCCAGGUGGUAGUGGGCCCAAGUAUCACGCUGCCUGAGGGCUCAGUGAUCUCUCUGCACCCUCCAGAUGCGGAGGACGAUGAGGAUGAUGGUCAGUUCAGUGACGAUUCUGGAACUGACCAAGAAAAGGAGAAAGUGAAGCUGAAAGGUUACAAUCCAGCAGAAGUUGGAGUUGCAGGCCAGGGCUACCUCUGGAAAGCUGCGGACAUGAACAAGGAGGAAGAGGAGGAACUACGGCAGAAUCUGUGGGGACUCAAAAUCAACAUGGAAGAAGAGAGUGAAACUGAAAGUGAGCAUAGUAUGGAUUCUGAGGAACUAGACAGCCGGGCAGGCUCCCCACAGAUGGAUGACAUCAAAGUGUUCCAGAAUGAAGUCCUGGGAACACUUCAGCGGGGCAAGGAGGAGAACAUUUCCUGUGAUAAUCUAGUCCUAGAGAUCAACUCUCUCAAGUAUGCCUACAACAUAAGCCUAAAGGAGGUGAUGCAGGUACUGAGCCACGUGAUCCUGGAGUUCCCCCUGCAACAAAUGGAUUCCCCGCUUGACCCAAAUCGCUACUGUGCCCUGCUGAUUCCUCUGCUCAAGGCCUGGAGCCCUGUUUUUAGGAACUACGUAAAGCGUGCAGCUGAUCAUUUGGAAGCAUUGGCAGCCAUAGAGGACUUCUUCCUGGAGCACGAAGCUCUUAUUACUUCCUCGGCCAAGGUACUGAUGGCUUUUUACCAGCUGGAGAUCCUGGCUGAGGAAACAAUCCUGAGCUGGUUCAGCCAAAGGGACAUAACUGACAAGGGCCGGCAGUUGCGCAAAAACCAGCAGCUGCAGAGGUUCAUCCAGUGGCUAAAAGAGGCAGAAGAAGAGUCAUCUGAAGAUGACUGAAGUUGCACUGCCUGCUCCUGUGUCUGUGGUUGAUUGCCCUCCUGGUUUCUGGUCCAGGGCAAGUGAGAGGCCAGUUGCAGAGGGAUGAGUGCCACCAUGAGCUGAGACUUAAAGGAGCAGAGGCUGGAACUACAGUAUUCUUCCCACCGCCAGCAACCAUGUGCCUGCCAUCCAUACUGGGGAGUUGGGAUGAGGGAAGUUGGGCUGGGUAACAGCUCUGUCUAAGGAGGAGCUAGGCAGGCCCUGCAGUUAGAGGAAGGCCAGAGGAACAGCUCUGUGCUCUGGUUUCCCCACAGGGAACAGCGGAGAGCAGCUGGCCCUCUCUGCUGCCUGUAUUUGUUGAUAUUAAAAAACAGAGAGAGAGGUAUACUUGGUUUCUCUCCAACUCUGACUGAUCAGCCCUUGAAGUAGAUGACCACAGACUUCUGAAACCUCUUUGACAUGGUAGCCUUUCCUUAACACCUGGUGGAGAGGAAGAAGAGGGGUGUUGUGGCCACUAGGUGGUACUGUGGUGCCUCGCUAAUUGACCAUCACCAAGGUUCAUGGUACUGGCAGGUUUUCUAGCCUUUCUGGACCAAUUUGAAGUCCUGGAGUGGUGUGCCUGAACCUAUUUACAUAAGAGAGUCCUAGUCCAAACUCUCAGGUGGUGAUAAUGCUGAGCAUAUGUAAGGCCCAUUAACACCUGCCAGUCUUUCAUGUGCUUUGUCCAGUUGACCUGGUACUACUGUCAGGAAAGCUGGGCUACUUUUCAUCUUAAAAACAAGGAAAUUUGUUCAAGGUCUUAUGACUCUUGGAGGGUAAAGCUAAGAACUUGAGCCUCACAAUCCAGAAUUUUUUUGCUUCAGCAUAUAGUGAAGGGAAGUUUUUGCAGAGGCAAAUACAACCCCAAGCCAGCAAUGGUUAUCCUAAGAACAGAGGAAGAUCCUGCGAAAUAGGCUUUCCCCUAAUAUUAAGAGUGUUUGCUGUAUGGCAGGCAUUUUGCUAAAUACUUUUCAUGUGUUACUGUAAUUAACCUUCACAUCAGCCCUGUGAAGUAAGUCUUACCCCAUUUUCAGGUGAGGAGCCUGAAGUUCACAGAGGUCCCGUAAUUGGUAAUAGAUAGCGCAAGGAUUUGUUAUUGGACUGUAGAGCUACGGUUUGUCAUCUUCCUAUAUUGUCUCUUUUAACCUCAACCAUGAGACAUGCCAUUCUAUCUUAUCUUUUUGAGCUUGUUCUUACCUUCCUAUAAUAACCCUUACUGUGUUAACACUCCAACUGUGGCAGAUGUCUCUGGUACAAGUGGCCCUUCUGGACAUCACAGAGAAAACGGCUGCCUUUCUUCAUUUCAGUUAGGUGGAAAGGAGUAAGCUGAGGAAGAGGACACUGAACUGUACUCAGGGGUGUGAAGGGGCAUUACUCAGUAUUUCUAAAGAGGAAAAAAUGGGCUGACCAACAUUUAGCUUAAUUUACUUUUCUCAUUCAGUAAAUCUCAGUUUCUCCUUUGUCAGUUGACCUACUGCCUAGAGAGCAUAUGAAGGUUAUGGCAUGGACCUAACAGGCACAGUUAAAUACAAAUAAUUAUAGAAUACCUCUAAUUUAUACCUAAUGAGUGGCAGAGAUCAGAAGUGGCUUAUAGAACUUUUUAGGAGGAAGAUAUUCCUUCUAGUUGGGGUGAUUGGGGAAGGCUUACAGGAAUGUAAGCCUUUAGGCCACUUGAGUGGCCUAAAAAAUAGAAAGGGUAGAAGGGAACAUUAAAAGCAAAGCAAAGGGUGUCCUUUUAAAUAUGGCAGGUUAAACACAUGGACUUUUUACUCCUUCCAAAACCCUGUUCAAAUGCCAGCAAAGGAAUUCUUCAAAAAAGGCAUGUCACUCAAUGAUAGGGAAAACAGGAAGUGACAAUAAUGAAUGAGAAACAUGAACAUUUAGGGGGAAAAAAUUAAGGGUGAACGUUGACUUAGCAGAGCAGAAUGAGAUGGGCUCUACCUGCUGAGGUGGUUAUUAACAAGAAGCAAGCCAGUGUGCCAUUCUGAACCUGGAAAAGGUUCAACAGAAGUGCGUAAGGAUUGGAGCUGCGAACCAGGGGUGGGAUAGAGGGAAAUCGGAUGAAGGUCUGUAUGAGAAAGAGCCCCCCAGGUACCCACUUUAUCCAAUCCAGCUGAGUUUAGUCUCUGGAGAAAUGGUGGGGAGGAAAUUCUCAAAGAAAUACUUACGAAGGUUUCUAAACCAAAAAGUCAUGAGUUUCUAGACUGACAACUUGUUAGUGCCCAGCGUAGUGAGUAAAAUAGCACCAUGAAAUUUCAGAACCUCAGGGAAGAUGUAAACUAUUAGGACCUCCAGACUAAAUAGCAGACAUGGUGGGGAUGGGAGUGAGAGACUAGAUUGAAAAGGAAAGAUUAAGUGAAAGUAUAUGAGUGGUAAAGCUCUGAAUAUCAGCACACACCAGCUGGUCCCCCUGGCAAAAACAAACUAAUUGAAGAAAAAAGGCCUACAAAUACUUAAGUUUUUGUUUCCUU